ACUGUCGGAUAGAUUGCUAGGCCCCGCUCUUGUGACGCCGCGUCGUUGACGGUCUUCGUCGCCGAUGGGCUCUACUUAUCCUUACUCGCAUGCUUGGCCAAGCGUAUAAAACAAGGAAGAAAUCUGCUCCUCAGUGGUUAUUGCAAUCUUCUGCUCAUUGAAACUAGUAUUCGAAGAAAGCAACAGAUCAACAUCUCUUGGUUUUCUAUUUUGCUUCUGGCAAAGUCUGUACGGUUUAUCGAAGCGAGAUAGCGGACGGUUAGCCUUCAAGCUAAUUCUUUACUCGACCUGACAGGACUAGUCUCGCGUCCGGUAGCCAAGUAAUAGUUCUCUGUGAUAAUCGCACAGUUUCAUCUCCGUUCUGCGGUGGUACCGACGUGUUUCUUGCCUAGUUGCUACCUGUGCCAGCCCCCACUUGAGCACAACCUCGUCACUGCUAACACACACCUCAACUUCUGCUCAAGUAACCGUCAAAAUGACACACAGAUCGAUCGUCCUGCAGUUCGCAUCGUCUGCUUUCUGCUUCCUCCUCUGUUCGCACUUGCUUACUGGCAUUGCCGCCGAGGCAAAUCGAGAUGCAAUGUCGGCGGCUGAGUCAAGACCAGGCUCAGGCAACGGCAGACCAGUUCGGCGUCGCGAGUGGGAUACAAUGCAUCACGUGGUCCGCUCGCUGAUGACGGCGCGCCUUGAUCCGGACACUGGAAUGGAGCGCACACUAUCCGAGGCUUACCUGGGUACGCCACUGGAGAAGGCGGAGGGCAUCUACACGGCCUUGGGUCGUACUCGCAUGUCCAAGAGAGGUAACAAGCUACGUUUCAGCCUGAACAGUCUGGUGUCCAGUCGUACGGAGGAGUUUACUGGAAAGCAGCAGCCUGGUUACAUGGUCCCCGAUGUGUUCCGAGCUGAACUCCUUCUCUUCAAGACUCCCGCCCACCUGCCAGUCCGCCAACGUCAAGUACCAUUCGCUAACGUGACUGUAACCAGCCCACUGUACAGAGGAGCAGUUGGAAAAAGUGUGGUCUCUCUACGUCAGACCAGAUGGGAAUCUGUUGACGUCACCGAAUUCGUACGCGACGUUGUCCAGUCUCCCGCAAGAGGAAUUGAUUUCGGAUUCCAUGCACGCUCCAUGGACAGGCACGGCCGACGCCUCACAGUCAACAAGCUGUUCGAUCUGACUGGGGAGCGUAAUAACACUCAACGGCCAGUGCUUGUGAUCUACCUGAGAGAGCCUGUUGAUCCCCUGCAGUAUAUCUUGGUCAAGGCACAAGAAGCCAGCGAGGAAAUGGAAGCAAGGAAGAAGCGCGAGGCAUUGGAAAAUGGCGCCGAUGAUCAGGAUAUUUUGACAAGAUCACGAAGGGAGGCUGAGUUGGUUGAUGACAACACUGUGAGAGAGGCUGAUAAGCUUAUUAACAUCACGGACGGCAUUCAUGAUAUCCUGAACCCGGUAGAGAUCCGAAGUGACCUGUGCCAACGACACGAUAUGUAUCUGGAUUUCUCUGACAUCGGCUGGGACCACAUCGUUGCCCCCACCGGCUUCGACCCCGGCUCAUGCAAGGGUGUAUGUGUAGAUCCAUUGACGUCAUCAACAAAUCACGCUAUCGUACGCUCCUGGGCGUAUCGCAAUGAGCAUCCUGAAGUGGAAGGGCAGCCAAUUCCCAUCGUCUGCUGUAUACCGACACGGUUCAGUUCUAUGACUUUGGUCAUACAGGAAGAAGAGGGUGAUAUUCUCAAGUCCGACCUCUACUUUGACAUGACGGCCGAAGCGUGUGGCUGUCGAUAGGACGAUUGCGUUGUGGGACUGCAGGCCAGGCUCUGACAACUAGAGAAAAUUUCUAUAUUUAUGGCAGUAUCUUUUAACACACAGCAGAUAUCACCCACCACGACUGCUGACUUCUAUUUUUUGCAUUAUACCACACUCAGUGAAGUCACACCUCACACCCAGACAACAGCAGAUAUAUAACGCUUGAGUACUAGGAUGCUACAUGUGUUGUAAGAUAAUAAGUUUGCUCUCCAUACCUUUGCGGCCUAAUGCUAACCUAAAGUUGAGCUAUAGUGAAUGCAAUGGGCAAGUUCAUUUCCUCUAGACUUUAUACGCGCGUACACAAUGAUAUUCCAAUGACCUAACCCAGUGUGACCGCAGUAAUCCAAGAUGGCCACUUCCCUAGCUACGUGAAGUUCACAGCUCAUGCCACUUUUGUAACAUUCUGUGUAGAUCUCUAGAAGCAGCUUGACCUCAAUGACUAGACGCAUUUUUUUGUUGGUGUGUUCCCACGAUCCGAAUUUUUAGCCUGUUCUAUAUGCCGACAUGAUUGUAUUUUUAUAGCGCAGAGGUGCCGCCAAACUUGGACUAUUUCCUAGACAAUGUUUUAUACCAAUUCUCAGAUUUACUUGAACUCAGCUUCUGAUGUUCUACUGGCUCCAGGCUUAAUUAAGUAACGACAGGUUUGAAUAAUUGCUUUAAGAUCA